GUCCAGUCCACUCUUUUCUCAUUCAAAAUAUUUUCAAGCUGUGUAUUUGGACGCCGAAGGAUCGAGUUUGACGGACAAUGUUUAAUAUCUAAUUCUCCUAUCCUCCCAUCUUCAUUCACCGCGUAGCAACGGAUUUGUUUCCAAGUGUGUCUGCCGAGGUUCGCCACUCGGCGUCGCCAUAACGAAGUUGACCUGCCAAGACUCAAACGAUUGCAAACGGACAAGGAAGCCCCUCAAAGCAAGGAAGAGCAUCCCAAUUGUUCCUCGGGCACACAGUAUUCACCAACGCUUAUCAUGACGGUCCGAAAUCCCGACGUGGACGAGAAAUCCGGCGCCGCCCCGGGCCUCCGCUCGAAUACACCCUCCGAAACAACCCUCACCCCGGCCGCCGGCCCGAACGAGAACGACAUUACCAGCGCCACCGCCGCCGCCACCGUACCGCCACCGCCGCCAUCGACCUCCGUACCCGGCCCCGUCCCGGACGGCGGUCUCGAAGCCUGGCUUCAGGUGCUCGGUUCUUGGGUGAUCCUCGCCCAGACCUGGGGCCUCGUCAACACUUUCGGCGUCUACCAGACCUACUAUGAACGCACCCUCCAGGGCACGACCCCUUCCGCCAUCUCCUGGAUCGGUUCCAUCCAGGGCGCCCUUCUGAUGAUGGUCGGCCCCAUAUCCGGGCCCCUUUACGACGCCGGCUACUUCCGCGAGCUUCUCUGGGCCGGCGUGUUCCUCAUCCUCCUCGGCCUGUUCAUGACGUCCCUCUGCACCACCUACUGGCAAGUCCUCCUCGCCCAGGGCGUGUGCGUCGGCCUCGGCUGCGGCCUGACCUUCCUCCCCUCCACCGCGAUCCUCAGCCAGUACUUCAAUAAGCGCCGCGCCCUCGUCAUGGGCAUCGCCGCGACUGGGUCGCCCAUAGCGGGCAUGUGCUUCCCCAUCCUCUUCGGCCACCUCGAGCCCAAAAUCGGCUUCGGCUGGGCCACGCGCAUCAUCGCCUUCAUCCUGCUGGGCCUGUCCGUCAUCCCCGCAGUCACGAUGCACACCCGCCUCCCGCCCUCGGGCCACAAGCGCUCCCUCAUCGAUAAGACGGCUCUGCACGACCCGGUCUUCAUGCUCGUCGUGGCCGGUUCCUUCAUCGGUUUCCUGGCCAUGUAUGUGCCGUACUUUUACAUCCAGCUCUUUGCCGUCAACCACAGCAUCGGCCCGGCAGACUUCUCAGCAUACUUCGUCACGCUUCUUAGUGCCGGGAGCAUCCCGGGCCGAGUGAUACCGAACUAUCUGGCAGACAAAGUUGGCGCGCUGUAUAUGCAAAUCUCUGUCGCUGCGGGUUCGGCCGUGCUUAUGUUCGCUUGGCUGGGCAUUCGAAAUAUGGCUGGUCUUGUCGUCUUCGCCAUCCUGUAUGGUCUGUUCUCCGGCGGCAUGGUGAGCGUGUCGCCAACCGUCGUCGUCAGCCUGUCACCGGAUCUUGGCCGCGUGGGAACCCGCAUGGGCAUGAUGAACUUCAUUGCGGGUAUCGCCAUCCUCGUCGGUACGCCGAUUGCCGGUGCCAUCUUGGGCGACUACAGUGAAGUCGCCUGGCAGUCCAUGAUCGGGUACGGGGCGGCGGCGUUGACGGCUGGCUCAAUGUGUUUGACCUUAUCAAAGAUCUUUCAGUUAAAGAAGACUGCCCGGGAUUUGAAGGCUUGAUGGUGCUCUAGCAUUUUACUAUGACAGUCGGAGUGGGAAGCACCUGUCAUGUAGAUAGAUUUAUACCCUCUCUCUCAAGAACGAAUGAAGCUGCUUGUUACUUUGAGAUGCCGUCGCUGGUUCAUUUAUGAGCUAAACGAUGCAGCAAGCACUGUCGAACGAGGUUAACCUGAGAGUAAGACGGCCAGGCUCUGGUCCAAUCAAAGGCCGCUUCUCCCAGCGAAGGCUUGGACGGCUUCGUCAGUGGACUUGUUAAGAAUUUAUAGUGAGGUUGGAACAAACAACGCUUGAUGGCCUUCUCCCCCAGAACCACAUCUCUUAGCCAUUCUUGAGAGAAGGGGAAUGCUGUGUUUCGUAAGUUCAGAAAUGCCGGUGCAAAAACACAAGAGCUUGAUGGUGAAUCUGAGCAGUUCGUCAAAAAGGCGGCGCCCCCUGCACAAUAACGUUCUUUUGAGUAACCUUCUGACUUGUAUCCCCAACAUGGCGAGGUAGAAAGAGGUUCGAAACGUGCUCGAUGUCUGCUUCCAUCAGCAGCGCCGGGUCAUGAUAAAGCCUCGGGGCUAUUUCCAUGAGGAGCUUAUUGCAUAGUUGCUGCGGGUUUGCUUUCUGUGCUUCCUGAUCAGGCCCCUACGAGAAUGUGAGACUUAUCGCAGAGACAGGCGGAAGCCACUCAGUUCGUUCCUCGGGACGCGGGCAGGGUCCAGCAUGUAUCGGCUUGUUGAGUCAUGAGCUGCAAUCCGAAGACUAGAUCGGAUCUCGGUGGACAUAGUUCUGCUGUAAGUACUCAGGCAUGACGUUAGGGCUCUUCGAGCCAGGGCAUCUUGAGUGAGCCAUGAAGCCAAUGUAGCGAAUCCGUGAAAGCGACGCCCCCUGAGUUGACCCUAUCACGAUGGCUGGUGGCGUCUCGGACCCGUUUGCCAUCCUGUAUGUUGCUGAUUCAUCCCUUGGACCGUGUUUCUGGCGUAGCUUAGCCAACGCUUAACUCAGACCCGCGCGCGAGGUGACACCCGGCGUUGUGGGGUCGACGAACCCCACCAACUGCUGAUCUGAGCUUGGCAGCUCGAUCGUGUGUGCGUGUCCAUCCGUUGAAAAAUUCCUUUCCAAGCUGUAGUGUAAAUGAUCGAGCGAUUGAAGGCGAAAGAUUGAAGGAACCACGAGCGAACUAGAAGCAACGAC